UCAACGAAUUAUUCUGGGCUUUAUCGGCAGGCACAUUCAUCAAGUCUUGGAUCCAGUAAGCAGUACACCCGCAUUGAAAAGGGGUGACAACGGGGACAUGUUUGCCUGACUGAGCACAAAGUGGGCACGGGUAGGCGGGUUCAGCCGGGCAGGCACACUAGGCCUAGGCAGCGUGCUCGCAAGACGGGAAAAGCCCCACUGUACGGGGAGGGUUUGCAGCGCGCCGGUAACUGGGCUAAGCUGAGCCGUUGGGGUUUGCAGGUGGAGCAGAUUACUUAUUGAACAGCAUGGACCAUUCAGCUACUGGAGUAAGCAAGAUGGCGCUCGGAAAUCGACGUGUAGUUUUGUGUCAAAGACCAGUUGGCCAGCCACAGGUAGAGAAUUUCCGAACUGAAGACUGUGACUAUCCCACAGAAAUCAAGGAUGGGCACAUUCUGGUCAAGACACUUUAUCUGUCUGUUGAUCCUUACAUGAGAAUUUGCAUGAAUGCAGAUCCGGGCACAAAGUACGUGCAGACCUGGAAGCUGGGUGAUACCAUUUCGGGUGGAGGGGUGGGCGUGGUCACCGACAGCCGAUGCCCAGAAUUUGUUGCUGGGGAUUUUGUUGCUAAGGACUUCAACUGGCCGUGGCAGUUGUAUGCGUCUAUUCCAGCUUCCCAGGCCAACAAGAUUGACAGGUCUUUUGGUGCCAAUCAGUUGUCGCUGGCCCUCGGCGCACUGGGCAUGCCCGGUUUGACGUCGCUGAUUGGGAUACGUGAGCGCGCUCACAUCAAACCGGGCACUAACCAGACGUUUGUCGUCAGUGCGGCAGCAGGGGCCUGUGGGUCACUAGCGGGCCAGAUUGCCAAGUUAGAAGGCUGCGGUCGAGUGGUCGGUAUUUGCGGCACAGACAAGAAGUGUCGAUUUCUGAUGGAAGAACUCGGGUUCGACGGAGCCAUCAACUACAAGACAGACGACAUAGCAGCAAGGCUGAGGGAGUGCUGUUCAGCUGGCAUUGAUGUCUACUUUGAUAACGUCGGUGGAAAGAUCAGCAAUGAGGUCAUCAAACAGAUGAACAAAGACAGCGCGGUCAUUCCCUGUGGGCAAAUUUCAAUGUACAGCAUGGACAUCAACUGUCCGUUGGACAACAGCAUCCAGGAGCUGUUGAAGGAGAAACGAAUCAGCAGGGAUCUCUUUGCUGCCAAUGGUUUCACAGACAUCUUCGACGAGAUGAAACAACAACUUGCCAAAUGGGUUAAGGAGGGAAAGAUAAAGACAAGAGAAACGGUUGUGAAAGGGUUGGAGAACUGUGGAGCAGCGUUCAUCGGAAUGAUGAACGGCAGUAACAUAGGCAAGCAAGUAGUACACAUAGCCGACCCUUGACCGUUGACACACAGGUCAUCAAUAUGUGCAUAAUUUAUCUGUAUCUAAUCAUAGAGCUAUAUUAAAUAAUUAGAGCGCUAUAACUCCCCAUUCCUGCGUGGAGAAAACUUUCGGGCGUUUCCUGGGCAGAGAUGUUUUUAAUGAAUAUGCAUGUUGCUAUACAAA